GAAUUAGAGAGCCUCGCUGGAGGAUGGGAGAAGGUCUCCUGUUUGUAUCCCGGGAAAAUAUAGGCCGGACCAUGGGAACACAAAAGCCUCGCAUCCUGCCCUGGCUGGUAUCUCAGCUGGACCAGGGGCAGCUGGAGGGCGUGGCCUGGCUGGAUGAGAGCCGCACGCGCUUCCGCAUCCCUUGGAAGCAUGGCUUGCGGCAGGAUGCCCAGCUGGAGGACUUCGGCAUUUUCCAGGCCUGGGCUGAGGCCAGUGGUGCCUACACUCCUGGGAAGGAUAAGCCGGACUUGCCCGCCUGGAAGAGGAAUUUCCGGUCCGCCCUGAACCGGAAGGAAGCGUUGCGUUUAGCAGAGGACCACAGCAAGGACCCCCACAACCCGCACAAGAUCUAUGAGUUUGUGGCCUCAGGAGUUGGGGACUUACCUGAGCCAGACACCUCUCUAGACACCAAUGGCAGAUGCAGUACCUCUGAUAUCCAGGAAGACAUUCUGGAGAAGUUACUGAGUGACAUGGACUUGGCCCCAGAUGGAGGGCCCUCAAGUCUGACCAUGGCCCCUGAGAACCCCCCUCAGCUCUUGCUGAGCCCCAAUUUAGAUGUCCCUGCUCCUUGCCCAAAGCCGGGACUCCCUGAAAACCCACUGAAGCAGCUGUUGGUGAGCGAGGAAGAGUGGGAGUUCGAGGUGACCGUCUUCUACCGGGGCUGCCAAGUCUUCCAGCAGACUGUCUUCUGCCCGGGGGGCCUGCGGCUGGUGGGAUCAGAAGCAGGGGACAGGACGCUGCCUGGGCAGCCAAUAAGACUGCCAGACCCCGCGGCGUCCCUGACAGACAGGGGAGUGACAGACUACGUGCAGCGGGUGCUGAGCUGCCUGGGUGGGGGACUGGCUCUGUGGAGGGCUGGGCAGUGGCUCUGGGCCCAGAGGCUGGGGCACUGCCACGUGUACUGGGCCGUGGGCGAGGAACUCCUCCCCAACAGUGGUCACAGGCCUGAUGGUGAGGUGCCCAAGGACAGGGAAGGAGGCGUGUUCAACAUGGGGCCCUUCAUAGCAGGUUCCUGGGCCCCCAGAUCUGAUUGCCUUCAUCGAAGGAAGCAGACGCUCACCACGCUACACCCUCUGGUUCUGCGUGGGGCAGUCAUGGCCCCAGGACCAACCAUGGAUCAAGAGGCUCGUGAUGGUCAAGGUUGUCCCCAUGUGCCUCAGAGCCCUGCUAGACAUGGCACGGGUAGGGGGUGCCUCCUCCCUGGAGAACACUGUGGACCUUCACAUUUCUAACAGCCACCCACUCUCCCUCACCUCAGACCAGUACAAGGCCUACCUCCAGGACCUGGUCGAGGACAUGGACUUCUAGGUCACUGGGGAGGCCUAAGCCCUCACCUUCCACCUCGACCAAUAAACUGGUUCCGGCCAUGGU